CACUUUAGCAAUUCAUCUGCCGCUCCUUACUGCACGAAUAUCAAAGACAAGGGCAGUUGGAAACACAUGAAGACGACGUGCAGUGUGAAUCGCGAUUCGCUGGCCUUGUGUCAUCUUAUCGAAUACCAGGAAAUGCUCCCAGCCGAAUAUCAAAAUUUUGAUCAUUUGGAUGGUGUGCCUGAGGAAGCGCUAGUGAGGUACGGCGGAUCCGUCGAACUUGCUGACUAUUGUCCGUACCCACAGGAGUUCGAGUGGAAAAACGCUGAAAACAACCAAAGAGAUUCCAGAUGUAGUUUUACUGCCAAUGCGCCAGGUGAAUUUUCUGACCGCCACAGUCUGAAACUGUACACCUUUGAUAGCCCCGGAACUAAAUGGUGCUCUGGAGGACAUUUUUGCCAAGAAGGUCGUCUCUGGCUAAGCCUGCUCAACGGAACUUCCGUUUAUCCGUGCUAUAAGGCGGGUCAGUUGAUUAUGAUUCGUCAGGUGCUAAAACAUUGGUUACAUAGCGGCACCAUCGUUUGCCCUGCUUGCGCGGAACUGUGUGAAAAUUGUGUUUCCGAGACAGAGCCGCCUCAUGCUGUAGGCGACGAGCCAAAGCAGCUCAUUUGUGGUGCGGAAACGCUGUUUUUUUGUCGUAGUUUAUUUAUUCCUGUUUUGCUCUACCUUUAUUUUCUUUCUUGA